AAAUUUUAAUUUUAGUUUGCUAUGUAGCAACUUUACCUUAUUAUAUUUGUCAAAAUUUUAAUGUGUUUUAAUUUUAAUUACAGCAUGACCAGCGAUGCUGCCAUCGCCAAGAGUGUGGACAAGUUCAGCAACAGUUUCUAUGAGCAGCUGCUCAAAUCGAAUGAGCAUGUCAAUCUAAUAUGCUCACCACUCAGCGUACAAAUCUGCGCCUCAAUGUUACGCAUGGGCGCCAUUGAUGGCAGCGCCACAGCCAAGCAGCUGGACAACGGACUUAAGCUAAGCAGUCGCUUGUUGGUGGAAAUAGCAAAUAAUUUUAAUGAUCUUGUAGCAUAUUAUGAACAAUAUAGCGUGCUGCAAAUGGCUAGCAAACUGUACUUGCACCAAGACUAUGAGCUGAGUAAGAGCUUUCAGGAUUUAUUAGCAAGCAAGUAUCGAUCGCCAGCAGAGCUGAUAGAUUUUGAGAAUGCUGAAGCAGCAGCUAGCAGCAUCAAUAGCUGGGUGCAGCAGAAGACCAACAAUUGCAUAAAGCAAUUAAUAAGUGCAGCUGCGCUUGGGGCAGAUACAACGCUGCUGCUGGUCAAUGCAAUACAUUUUAAGGCCAACUGGCGCAUACAGUUUGACAAGCUGGAGACCAGCAAGGAAUACUUUCAAUUGGACGCAGCUGGCAACAAGCGCUUGGUGAAGAUGAUGCAUGCCACCAAUUAUUUUGAAUAUGCGCUGCUUAAAAGUCUCAAAGCCAAAGCGCUGCGACUGCGCUAUACAAACUGUGCGCUUAGCAUGUUAAUUAUAUUACCCGAUCAAGCAGCGGGACUGCAUAAUCUGCAGCGUAAACUUGCCAGCACCUCACUGGAGAAUAUAACAAAGCAGCUGCGCAAGCUGCGCAUAGACGUUAAGCUGCCCAAGUUCAAAGCCGAGUUUGAGCAAGAGUUGUCGCCAAUUUUUCAGCAGCUGCAUAUGCAGCGACUGUUCAAUGCGCCCGAAUUCAAGCUAAUGAUAGAGCAGCAAACGCGCAUAGAUGUGUCCAAAAUUAUACACAAAGCGUACAUUGAGGUCAAUGAGCAGGGCAGCGAAGCAGCAGCUGCCACAGCGGCUGUGCUAAUGACACGCAGCUUGCCACAAGCGCCGUCGCCGCCGCCAGAGCCAGAGAUAUUUCAUGCCGAUCGGCCAUUCUAUUUUACCAUAUACGAUGAUAAGUACGGGCGUUUGUUUGUGGGCAAUCUUAAGUUGCCCGCUGAGGCCAGCAACUUGCCCGCAUGCGAAUGUGGCCAAGAUGUGUGUGAAUGCGAAAAUUAAUUUCAUAAUUUUUAUCUAACAAUUAAAGCUUAUCACAGU